UUCGUUCCGAGAGAAAAGAGGUUAACAGGAACGGAGGACAGAAAAACAUGAAUCGUAUGCAAAUUUGCGUGACAGAACAAACCAUUUUGCACAGUUAAAUAGACGGCAACAGGCUACGUAGUCUGAUGGCUAGAAGUGUGAUGUUGCUGUUGAUUAGUUAACAACCGAUAUUCGGUAAACCGAUCGGGUCCGCUAUCGAAAAUGGGAAAAACUACUCGAGUGGUGGUGUGCGGAAUGAAGGGAGUAGGGAAGACUGCUCUCUUGGAACAACUCAUCUAUGGAAACGUAACCACAAACACCGAAAUUCAUCCUACUAUCGAAGAUAUUUACGUUGCAAAUAUAGAGACAGAUCGAGGUACAAAGGAAAAGGUACGAUUUUAUGAUACAGCUGGAUUGGAACCACUACAGACGAAUGCAAGUAGCCCACAGUUGGCACGGCACUACCUUGGCUUUGCCGAUGGGUAUGUGCUUGUAUACGAUACUGCAAAGCCUGAAUCUCUAGACGUUUUAUUUCCGCUAAAAAAAGACAUAGACAAACACAAAGAUAAGAAAGAAAUCACUAUUAUCGUUAUUGGAAAUCGUACAAAACCUGACGUUGAGUUGAAUAAUUUGGAAAACACUGCUAGCAAAGCAGCCAACUGGUGUACGAGAGAAAAACUGAGGCAUUAUGAGGUAAACGUAUUGGACAGACCAAGUCUGUAUGAUGCCUUUGUUCAUUUAUCGUCAAAAUUGAAUCCACCACCCAACAAAAGCACGUUUCCCCAGCUCAGUAUGGGUCGAAAAACUAUAAAGGCUGAGGCACCGUGAAUUUUUUCUUAUAAUUCAAACUACUUAGAGACAUUUCAAUCCGAAUUAGUUUCACUUUUCAUAACCCACAGUUAUGCAUUGACUGCAUUCUAUGUUCAUUCUAAUUUUACCUGAAAUGUUUUCGAAUCUGUUAUUUAUAGAAGAGCCUCUUAAGCCCUUUCUUACUUCCCAACUGUGAGUAACAAAUCAUUACCCAACUUGUGCCAGAAACUUGUUCCCAGUUACACUAUGCAAUUAUAUCACUAAUGUUGAAUACUGUGUUUAUUAUGUAUUUAUGAUAAAUAUUUUAUCCCUAUACAAUUGAGAUUUGCGGAUUUACACGAAUCGUAUUAUCUUAGCAUUUAAAGAAUAGGAUAAAUCUCACAUGGCUGGCUAUGUAACUGCAAAUAUAAGCAUCUAACUUUGUGUUUCCUCUCAAGUUGGUACGCUUUAUUUUGUUCAAAAUCGUAAUGUACGAAUAAUUCUUUGAAUUGCACAUAGUAACAUUAUCAACAAUAGUUUGUGAACUUGAAAUUUUGCAUUCCAUUGCAGGAUACUUUUAUUUAAUUCUGACUAAUUUUAAAUCAUGGCUGAAAAUGUAUCUGGUAGCGUGUCAAUUCGAAUUAUUAAUGUACGUGAAACACUCUGGUACUUAAUCAAUUUAUUCAGAAAGUAAUAAUCUCUCUCAAAAACUUCGUAUACAUAGUAUACAAUAUAGUAAAAACAAAGAGCAUACAUAUUAAUUACACUUAUAAAUUAUGUUUUCAUGACACUUGUUCCUUAAUA